UGCUGGCAGGCGGGAAGAUGGCGUCUUCAGCUGGUUGUUCUCCUUUCGCGAACAUCCUACCUGAACCACCUCUGUCUACUGCAGCCAUGGUUCGGCUAUCUGCAUCUUCAUAUGUAGUCUAUCCACCCGAUAAGCCUUUCCUUAAUUCGGAUAUACGACGCUCUCCACAAAAACCAACAUGUGCCUAUCCAGAAAGCAAUAGCAGAGCCAUAUUUUCUGCACUGAAGAAUCUUCAAGAAAAGAUUCGACGUUUAGAGCUCGAACGGAUUCAAGCAGAAGAAAGUGUGAAAACUUUGUCUAAAGAAACAAGUGAAUACAAGAAAGUUCUGGAUGAACAAAUACAGGAAAGGGAGAACUCAAGGAAUGAAGAGUCAAGACACAAUCAAGAAUUGACGUCCCAGUUGUUAGCUGCAGAAAGUAAAUGCAAUCUUUUAGAAAAACAGUUGGAAUACAUGAGAGACAUGAUAAAGCAUGCCAAAAAUGAGAGGACAACUGUCUUGGAAAAACAGGUUUCAAUAGAGAGAGACCAGCAGCAGGGUAAAAUCCAUGUUGAGAACCAACUUGAAAAACUGGAUGUGCUUGAGCAGGAAUAUAACAAACUCACUGCCAUGCAGGCUCUUGCAGAGAAAAAAAUGCAAGAACUGGAGUCAAAACUCCGUCAAGAAGAACAGGAAAGGAAACGUAUGCAGGAAAAAGCAGCCCAGUUACAGACUGGAAUAGAAACAAAUAGACAGUUGUUUGAAGAAAAGAUACCAUCAUAUCCUGCCAAUACAAGAAGAAUGAAGAAAAAGAAAACAAAACAGCCUGACAAGAAAUCUCCCAGGAACCAUUUUCAUGUACAGCCACAUUACAGAUUGUGCUUGGGUGACAUGCCUUUUGUUGCUGGAAAGUCUACUACCCCUAGCCAUGCAGUGGUAGCCAAUGUACAACAUGUUUUACAUUUAAUGAAGCAACAUAAUAAAGUUUUAUGCAAUAACCGUGUGGUCAACAGUGUUCCCCUGGCAAAGCAAGGGCCGCCUCGAAAUGGUAGAGGCAGGAAGUUAUCAGCAUCUUCUUCCUCCUCCACCUGUCAUGAAGAGCUCUUUGAAGUCUUACAGACAUUACAGGAUGAAUUUGGACAGAUGAGUUUUGACCACCAGCAACUGGCUAAACUUAUCCAGGAAACACCAACUAAGGAACUGAAAGAGGACCUUGAGCAAGAACUCGAGGAAUUAGUAGAAAGAAUGGAAGCUAAAGCUAAUCAGAUCACUAAAGUUCGAAAACAUCAGGCCCGGCUGGAGAGACAGAUGAAAGAGCUGAAGAGUAGCAAAAAAUGUUUGGAGGAUCAAGAAAGCAGCUGCAGGCUCUCUUCUGGAGUCACUGGGAGCUCCUCUAAGAAGGACUCGAUUUCUGCCAAUCGGAAACCUGGGGAGAAGAGCCGACGAAACCUUCAGUUGUUGAAGGACAUGCAAACCAUACAGACUUCAAUUCAAAAAGAUAAUAACCUAGGUUGGGAAUACUGAUUGGUGCCAGGUCAAAUAUUUUAUUCAUAUUAUUUAUGUUUCGUCACAUGUUGACAGCUCACAUUCCACAGCUCACAUAUUAAAAAUAGCAUAUUCUUAUACUUUUGAGGGAUUUAUAGCUGUGCUGAGGACCACAAGUAGCAAUACUUAGACUCCCUGUUUUAAACAGCUCCAGUCAAGGUUGAACAGUUUUACUAGAAACAUAAGCCACAUGUUAUGGAAUUCCAUUUAGCAAAUCUUGCUGUAUUUGUGCAAUGCACUUUGUAAACAAACUCCCAGGAUUUUAUUUGUGGAUAUGUUUUUUUAAAUAGUGUCUACUAUACCUGAAUUAAAAUUAAGUUUAAAUUAUCUAAACAAAAGGCUAAAAAAACCUGUAUGUAGAGUUAUCAGCACUUUCUGCUUGAAAAGUUGCAUAAGCCUCACCCCAAAGCAUUUUUCUCCACCUCCGUCUCUCCAGAAGUGCUUUAUUUUGCUAGUGAUGGAGGCUUUCUGAAUUUUAGAUCUUGUGAAUAUUUUCUUGUACCUAUUCGUACAGUAGAACUUUGCUCAUUAAUGAAUAAUUAUUUCUCUCCCCUUCUCCCUUGGUGUGUUUAUAUCUCAGUAGUUAAUUAGCAAAAGAAAAAAAAGAAAAGAAAAAAUUCAAUUUUUUGCAACCAAAACACAUAAUUUGAGUUUCUAGUCGAUUUUAAGUGAAAUUAUAUUGUUUUUCAACCCAUUACAACAGAAAAAAAUUAUUAUUUUCUCUAUUUUUCAUUCCAGAAAACCCAAAUAAUCAUUUAAGGUAGUUGCCUUAUAAAUAGAACAUGAGGUUAGUACAAUAAACGUUUAUCUGGGUGCUUUUUAGUGUGAACAAAUUUUGAUUUGACAAUAGAUGAUGAGUUUUAGAAAUAAAGUGAAAAACCAACCUUGCGUGGGGUAGGGUGGGAGGGCUAUUAAAAGCAUAUACAUUUGCUGUUUUUAAAUAUUGCCUCUUUGUAAUCAUGCCAUUCGGUCCUGGCAGUGUUUUUUAUCUUGAAAUGAUUACUGAACACCUUGAUAAUCGAAUACCUUUUUUAGAAUUCUGUACACAUACAAAAUAAACUGUACACAGCAUUUGUUAUUUAUUAUGUUAAGGAUGUAAAAAAGAAUCCUUCCUAUUUUGGAAUAUACAAAAAUAUGUUAACUUUUUAUAACUGUGCCAUUAAAGUCAAUAAAGCCAGCUUUUGUUUUAAGGAAGUGCUGAAACUUUCCUUAAAGACUUCAGUAGCAGG